CCUUCCUCCCUCCUCGUCUCCCUCCGCUCCGAUCCCCUCGCCGCCCCACCGCCGGAACGCCGCGACCUGAGGAUGGGGCGCGCCCCCGCACGCCAUCCAGCGCAGGUGCUGCUGCUCCUGGCGAGUAUUGCGAGAAGUUGAGCUGCUUGCGCACGACUGAUAGUUUAACAACAAGAAAGGAUUAGAUUUUCUUUUCCAUUGAUUUCAUCUGGUGGGCCAUGGAGGAGGUGGAAGCGGCGAACAGGGCGGCGGUGGAGAGCUGCCACGGUGUGCUGGCCUUGCUCUCCCAGCAGCAGGACCCGGCCCUGCUCAGGAGCAUAGCUGCAGAGACGGGCGAGGCAUGCGCCAAGUUCAGGAAGGUGGUCUCCCUCCUCAGCAAUGGCGGAGGGCAUGCUAAAGUCAGGCUCUCCAGGAGAAGGAAGCCUAUGGGGUUCUUGAACCAGACAGGCUUCUUGGAGAGCAGUAGCAACGCCCCAUUGGGGAUGCUAAUCUCCGGUGGCAGUCCAUCCACAUCUGCCGGUUCGGCACGGCCUUUGUUCGGCGCGUCUCCACCUGAUCUGCGUGGGCUGGAUUUGCUCAGCUCAGGCAGCAAGAGUGCUCACCAGUUCGGCGGCCCUCCGAAGAUGGUCCAGCCAUUGUCUGUGCAGUUCCAGUUCGGUGCCACUGCGCAUAGGUUUCCAUUCCAGCAGCAGCAGAAGUUGCAGGCCCAGAUGUUCAAGAGGAGCAACAGCUCCAUCAGCCUCAAGUUUGAUAGCCCCAGUGGUGGUGCCACUGGGACAAUAUCAUCGCCGAGGUCUUUCAUGUCCUCCUUGAGCAUGGAUGGCAGCGUAGCUAGCCUGGACAGAAAGCCACCGAUGCAUUUGAUCUGUGGCCCAUCUGCGAGCGAUCCAUUGAAUGCGCGCCAUGGCGCAUCUAAGCGGCGGUGUACGGGCAGAUGUGAGGACGGCAGUGGCAAGUGCGCCACAUCUGGCAAAUGUCAUUGCUCUAAGAGAAGGAAGUUGCGAAUUAAGAGGACGAUCAAAGUGCCUGCCAUUAGCAACAAAAUAUCUGAUAUACCACCGGAUGAAUACUCAUGGCGGAAGUAUGGACAGAAACCCAUCAAGGGUUCCCCUCAUCCAAGGGGCUACUAUAAAUGCAGCACAGUUAGGGGCUGCCCGGCAAGGAAGCACGUCGAGCGGUGCGUGGAUGAGCCGGAGAUGCUCGUCGUGACGUACGAAGGCGAGCACAACCAUAACCGGCUGCCAACACAGUCCGCCCAGACCUAGACAACCCGCCGAUAGUCGCCUUUUCCGUUCAGGAAAACCAAAGCCGAGGCCUGUGCCUCAGUUGAAAGAUACUGCUGGACUGGUCAGGCGAAAUUGAAGCUAGGACUUCCGAAUCGCGAAAGUAGGAGCAACAAACAUGAGACCACUUAGGAAUCUGAUGAGCUGCCCUGGUGGCCCUUCCCCAGCUACAUGCUGUUACGGUUUCGGCGUCCAAGCUGUUCUUCUACUCUGCUCUGAGCUGUGACACAUCCAAUCGAGAGAUGAUUUGGAGAGAAGAACAUGCUGUUAGAUAGUGACAGCUGAGCUUUGCUCGUGUUUGAAUGAGUUGAAAGGGAUAUCUGAAGAAAGGAAGUUAACAAGGAGGAGCGUUGUGUAAAGCUUGGAAAAGGAUGGUGAGAUUGGCUUUUAGCGUGCGCAAGUUUACUUGCACUGACUUGCCUCUGUAUGUUGCUUUUGCUUUAUUGAAAGAUGAGAUUUCUUUUCGCAGAAGAAUCAUCAUCCCGGGAUUAAAGGUGCUCUUAUUGACAAACUGACACAGUAGGAGGACCAUAUGUUCCUUAACAGGUGUAAUAAGUUGAUGUGAUUUCUCAGUCAUGCUACAACUUCUGUCCCAAGCUUUCCA